AUGGCGGGUCCUCCCCUCUCGUUAGGGGCUCUGAUAUUCCUCAGCAGCGUUUUCUCUGCCAGUUCCUCCUUUCAGCCAGCCCUGGUCCUGGACAUGGCUCAGAUACUCCUGCAUAACUACUGCUUCCCGGAGAACCUUGUUGGCAUGCAGGAUGCGAUACAGCAAGCCAUCAACAGCGGCGAGAUCCUCCGAAUAUCAGACCCAAAAACCCUGGCUACUCUGCUGACCACCGGGGUGCAGGGUGCACUCAACGACCCUCGGCUGACCAUCUCCUACGAGCCCAACGCCGUGAACGCAAGGCCACCGACCCGGUCCCGUCUUUCUCCCGAGCGGCUGAUGAAGAUGGUCAGGAAUUCCGUCAAGUUUGAGUUACUGGAGAACGACACCGGAUACCUGAGGAUGGACCGGAUAAUGGGGAAGGAGGCGGCAGAAAAAAUCAGCUUGUUCCUCCUGGAGAACGUGUGGAACAGGGUCUUUCCGACGUCGGCCCUGAUUCUGGACCUGCGCUACGCCGCCUCCGUGGACACGUCCGGUAUCCUGUACGUUGCGUCUUACUUCUUUGACGCCUCGCAGACCGUCCACAUCGACUCUGUGUACAAUCGACCGACCAACACGACCCAGGAGCUGUGGACUCUACUCGCACUGCCUGGGAAAAGGUACGAAAAGCCUAAAGACCUGAUCAUUUUAAUAAGCAAACGCACCUCUGGUGCCGCUGAGGGAAUUGCGUACACCCUCAAGCACUUGCACCGAGCUAUUGUGGUUGGGGAGAGGUCUGCCGGGGGUUCCAUGAUCAUAGAGAAACUGAGGAUAGGGGACUCAAAGUUUUACAUCACCGUUCCGGUUGCUAGAUCCAUUAAUCCUGCCACAGGACAGAGCUGGGAGGUGACUGGGGUGUCACCCUGCGUGGUCAUCAAUGCUAAAGAUGCCGUUGACAAAGCCAAAUCCAUCCUCAGGGUUAGAAGAGCCAUCUCUACAGCAGUUCAGAGCAUCUCCAACACUAUUAAACGCUUCUACGCGUUCACAGAUCGAGUCCCGGUUCUUCUUCACCACCUGGCCUCGACCGAUUUCUUUUCCACAAUCUCAGAAGAGGACCUGGUGUCCAAACUGAAUUACGAGCUGCAGGCGGUGACAGAAGACCCCCGAUUGAGUGUGAAAACAGCGACAGACGACUCUGCCGCUCUCGAAGACUCCAUGGAGCUGAUCAGGAAGGCGGAUGCUCCAGGGUCCCGGGACGGCUCCGUGGACCGGAUUAUCAAAGUGAACAUUCUGCCGGGAAACACAGGUUAUAUCCGGUUUGACGGGUUUGCCGAAGUAUACCGGUUGAUGGAAUCACGGCCCAGGAUUUUCAGAAAGCUGCUGGAUUCUAUUGGAGGUACGGAAAGCCUUAUCGUUGACCUCCGCUCCAACACGGGGGGGCCUUCGGAAGCAGUGCCCCUUCUGCUUUCCUAUUUUCAUGACCCGUCUCCUCCAACUCACUUCUACACCAUCUACAGUCGGGUGGGAAACACCACGACCGAAUUUCACACACGGCCCAGUGCCUUGGGCACCCCCUACGGGUCAAAGAGGGGGAUCUACAUCCUGACGAGCCACUACACCGCCACUUCCGCAGAGGAAUUCUCCUACCUCAUGCAGUCGCUUCACCGAGCCACAGUCAUUGGGGAGAUCACUUCCGGCACCCUUCUGCACUCCAGAUCAUUUCCUGUAGAGGGCACGGACAUAGUCAUCACCAUCCCAACCCUAAACCUCAUAGACAAUAACGGGGAAUGCUGGCUUGGAGGGGGCGUUGUCCCAGAUGCCAUUGUGUUGGCGGAAGAAGCGUUGGACAGGGCACUUGAAAUCAUUACAUUCCACCCUGAAGUCCACUCCCUGGUGGACGGCACCGGGGAGCUGGUGGAGGGCCAUUACGCGGUCACAGAAGUUGCCACAGAGAUCAGAAAGGUCCUCAAGUCGAAGUGGGCGGAAGGCCUGUAUCGGUCAGUGGUGGACUACGAGUCCCUCGCGUCCGAGCUGACCACAAACCUCCACGAGAUAUCGGGAGACCACCGCCUGCACGUCUUCUACAGCGACACGGAGCCGGACGAGUUCGAAGAGGGGCCGACAAUUCCCACGGCGGACGAGCUUGGGUACAUCAUCAACGACCUCUUCAAGACGGAGAUCCUCCCGGGCAACGUGGGCUACCUGAGGCACGACAUGAUGGCCGACGUGGACACCGUGAGAGCUCUCGGCCCCCAGCUGGUCAAGCUCGUCUGGAACAAGUUGGUCGACACGGACACCCUGAUCAUCGACAUGCGGUACAACACGGCGGGUUACUCCACCUCCAUUCCGCUCCUGUGCUCUUAUUUCUUCGAAGCGGACCCGGUGCAGCACCUCUACACUCUGUUCGACCGCUCCAAGGCGACCAUGACCGAGGUCUCGACGCUCCCACAGACGCUGGGGCGGCGGUACGGCUUGCACAAGGACAUUUACAUUCUCACCAGUCACAUGACCGGUUCGGCUGCAGAGGUCUUCACGAGAGCGAUGAAGGACCUGGGCCGGGCCACGGUGGUCGGGGAGCCGACCAUUGGGGGCUGCCUAUCGAUCGGGACGUAUCAGAUCAGGGACAGCCCGUUGUACGUCUCGGUCCCCACACAGACGGUCCUGAGCGCGGUGACCGGAAAAGUCUGGAGUGUUUCCGGAGUCGAGCCGCACGUCACUGCCUCAGCUAACGACGCACUGAUGACCGUGGAAAAAAUAAUCCGCCUUCGAUCCAAAAUGUCCUCCAUCGUCCAAGCGGCAGGCUGCCUGGUGGCCGAUAACUAUGCUUUCACAGAGGUCGGAGCGGAAGUGGCAGAGAAACUUGGUGAGCGAGCUAAGAAGGGCCAGUAUAGGAUGGUCAACUCUGAGGCAGAACUCGGGACAAUCCUCUCUGCUGCCUUGACAGAGCUAUCAGGGGAUAAGAAUUUAAAGAUUGAUGUUCCAGAGACUUCCAAAGUCAUUUUAGGACCAAUCCAUCAGCAGGUUCAGUCCCCAGAGGCUCUGGCUGAGCUCAUUAAGGACUCCUUCCAGACAGACGUGCUGGAGAACAACAUUGGCUACCUUCGAUUCGACACAUUCUGGGAUUUUGAAGUCACUGCCAAAAUAGCACAGCUGCUGGCAGAACACGUCUGGAUCAAAAUUGUGAAUACGGACGCUCUUAUUCUCGACCUCAGGCACAAUGUGGGUGGAUCCCUCAAAUCUAUUCCGGGUUUGAGUGCUUUCUUCCUCGGUGUAAACGAGAAGAUUCUGCUGGACAAACUGUAUAACAGAUCGUCUGACAGUACGGUUGAGAUGUGGACUCCAUCAGGCCUAACAGCGGAGACGUACGGCCCGGAGAAGCGCGUGGUCGUUCUGACCAGCGGCGUGACCGCGGGGGCGGCGGAGGAGUUCGUGCACGUCCUGAAGAGGCUCGGCCGGGCCACGGUGGUGGGCCGCACCACGGGGGGCGGCGCGCCGGCCACCGGCACCUUCCGCGUGGCCGAAACGGACCUGCGCCUGAGCGUGCCCACGGUGCGGUCGGCGGGCCCGCGGGGCCCCGCGUGGGAGGGGGCCGGCGUCACGCCCCACGUCGACGUCACGCCCGCAGACGCCGCCCUGGGCAGAGCCGUGGAGAUCCUGACGAAGCACCUCACGGGCGUGAAGUGA